AUGACAACAGUCAUGGACAUGUAUCACCCAUUGCAAGUCAACCCCAUCACUGGCGAGCCGUUCUUGCGGUUACCUAGCCCUCUCGAUAACAUCAUUAUCACCCCGCCUCGCCUGAGCGACGCCUCUUCAAUAGUCUCGAUACUCAAUGACCCUCGAGUCUGCAGAUCGUUGACGGGACCACCGUACCCGUAUCUUCUCUCUCAUGCAGAGGACUGGCUGAAAGCAUCAAUGGCAGAGUCGGAUGCGCUAUUAUGCGAGCUGGCAAAGGCUGGCCAGGAAAAAAAAGAGAGUCCCCCCAGCAUCGUCGGGGCCUGUCCAAUCAGGACCCUAAGGGAAGUCAAGAAUGAUGGCACAGAAGUAUUUCUUGGCGAUAUUUGUCUUCGCCGUUGUGAAUUCCAAUUUGAAGAACCGGACGAGGAACGCAUACGACAGUCAGACGAAAACUGGCGUAGGGAACCAGGCAAUCCGGAGCUCGUGUACUGCGUUGGAGAUUACAUCGCUAGUUCUCACCAUUGCCGGGGUAUAAUGAGCGCAGCAUUGGGAAUCCUUUUGUCAGCAUGGGCAAUUCCGAGAAUGGGUGCGCGCAAAAUACGCGUGGAGAUUUUCAAAGGAAACGACGCCAGUGUGCGCGUGUUCGAAAAAAACGGGUUCGUGAUCGAGAAGACGGUAGAGAAGGAGGUCACAACAAACUUUGGAGAUGUCAAGUCGGGAUCGCACAUUCUGUGGUGGAGACGUUAG